AUGGCCUCUCCAGUGCUCACAACAGCCGAUGGCCAUAACACAGGCUCCGGCUUUUCUGGUCAGUAUGACAACUCACCUCGCUCAGACAGCCCCGAUGUUACAGAGGAUCAAUCGCCGAUCAAUGAUGGCACCGAUGACCAAGGACCAAAGCCACAGCCCCUGCAAAAGAGGCGGCGUGUAACCCGCGCAUGCGAUGAGUGUCGACGCAAGAAAAUUAAGUGCGAUGGAAAACAGCCAUGUACUCAUUGCACAGUCUACAGCUAUGGUAACACAUACGACCAACCGUCAAACCGUAGACGGAAUGCGACUCCACAGUAUAUCGAGGCCCUAGAGAGUCAGCUGAAGCGAGCCAAAGCUUUACUUCACGUUGUAUUUCCCACCAUAGACCUGAACGAUCCUAGCAUUGACGCCCAUCUGCAAAAUGGACUGCUUCCACAAGUGCCUGUAGCAGCACCGCGCCCGCCGGUGAUGCCUACUGACCCACGCUUGUCGCAUCACCAUGCCAAUCCACCAGCCGAGGAGGCUGCAGACUCCCACCUAGAAGCAAUGGUCAAAGCCACAGGCCAGUUGGACCUAGAUGCAGAGGGUAAUUGGGACUACCAUGGACACUCGUCAGGACUCAGUUUCAUGAGAGGAUUGCGACAGUUUGGAGACAUGUUCCAAGUGCCACCAGACUCCUCGCCAUCCCUCAAACACCGUAACAUGUCUGUUGACCCCCCUUCGCCAUCCUCUACACGAUCGCUAGCUGCAUCCUCGACUGCGCUACCAUCUGGAAUGGAGCUGCCGAGCAAGAAGGAAGCAAUCAGUCUGUGCGAAAACGCUAUAAUUGACGCAGGUGCUAUGCAGAGAGUCGUGCAUCUACCAACCUUCCACAAGCAACUGGAUCGCAUGUACGAGAUUCCUACCGAGAACUACACAAAUGCCGAGAACAAUUUCUUGCCACUAUUGUAUGCCGUGCUUGCGUUGGGCAAGCUCUUUUCACAAAGCGAGCAUGAGCUCGACAAGUCAGACUAUGAGACUGAUGUCGAUGACGGCUUCCGAUAUUUCAGAGCUUCCCGUCAGCUAUUUGACAUCACCGACUGCCGCGACUUGACGUCGUUGCAAGCGAUCGUUUUCAUGAUACAGUUUCUACAAUCCUCAGCUAAGCUCAGCACCUGUUAUGCGUACAUUGGAGUCGCUCUGCGAUCAGCGCUACGUAUGGGUCUACACCGAUCGUUCAAUGGCAGUUUCAACCCUAUCGAAGCCGAAACCCGCAAGCGUUUGUUUUGGGUCAUUCGACGAAUGGAUUCAUAUGUGGGCGCGAUGCUUGGACUGCCACGGUUCUUGGAGGACGAGGAUAUCGACCAAAGUUUCCCUAUCGAAGUGGAUGACGAAUACAUUACAGAAACCGAAAUACUUCCAAUGCCCGAGGGUAGCAUAUCCGUCAUGUCCGCAUUCAACGCUCACACACGGAUUGUGCAGGUACUUAGCAAAAUCUGUAAAUAUGUCUACCCAAUCAAGGGUACCCAGUCUGGCGGCAAGAACUCGGUGACAUACACAGUCAAGUACUCCAAGAUUCGCGAACUUGAGCAAGAUUUGGCACAGUGGCUCGAUGAGCUGCCCAUGGCGCUCAAGCCUGGCGGUGAAGCGCCACACAUCAUCAUCAGAGUGCAACAGUUGCUGCGCAUGGCUUUCGGGCACGCCCAGCUUCUACUGUAUCGCCCAUUCCUGCAUUAUGUGUCAUCGACAUACCAAGAUAACGCGACCGACCAGCGGGCCUUUGCAUGCGCCUCGGCGUGCGUAAGUGUGUCGCGCAAUAUCAUUCACAUCACUUCUGAGAUGAGACGACGCGGGCUACUGGCAGGGGCAUACUGGUUCUCUAUGUAUACCACAUUCUUUGCCAUUGUUUCGAUUUUGUACUUCGUCCUGGAAAAUCCGAACAGUCCCACCAGUCUCGAGCUGCUUAGAGAUGCAGCAGAGGGCAAGGAGGUACUGGCGUACUUUGCUAAGAGGAGCAUGGCAGCCGAUAGGUGCAGCUCGGCACUCAACAGCAUGUUCGGAAGACUUCCUGAAGCAGUCAAGCAAGGGAGGGAGCUGCAAGAAUCAAGGAAACGCCGUCAAGACAGCUCACCACAGUCUCUUGGCUCGCGACCGCAAUUCCUCGAAAGUGAUUUGGCGAUGCCGCGCCGCGCCAGCACUUUUCCCGAGAGCCACCCUGAUUCUAAGCGCACUGCUCCUGGGCCGUCUCUACCAAUCUCUCAGACCCACUACGUCAGUCUUGGAUUGGAUCCUUCGUUCAACUCACCGUCACCGUCCAAUGCCGACUUCUUCGACGCCGUGCCUGGUCUUACGCCCACAUCUUCUAAUGCAAGCCUAGGACAAUUCGCUGGCCUGCCAACUCGUCCUUCAUUCCCGCCUACACCUUUAUCGAAUUCUUUUACAGAUCCCUCCGGUCUGAACGUACCGAUCUCGGACAUAUCGACUAUGAUGUUCCCUUCCGCAGAUCCAUUGGCCUACCCGAACCCACCAAUGACCACUUUUGAAAAUAAACACCCUCAGGCUUUCGAUCGCAGACUUGAUUCUCCUUCCGUGGUCGGUCCAACAUCCGGCAUUGACAUGAAACCAUAUCCCGCCAUGUUUGCUCCGAGCAGUGUGCCCGCGGGACCUCCAAGACGUCACGAAAGCGAGGCACAGCUUUUCGGUCCUAUGCCCAUGUAUUUGAUGCAGGCUGCACAGGCGCAACGGGGCCAACCGCUUCAUUCUGGCAGCCCCAGCAUGCACCAUAUCUCAGGACAGAGCAUGCAGUUCGACGAAAUGCUGAAUCAAGAAGAGUGGGCGCAGACGUUCAUGGACCCCGGCAUGGGCUUACUUAGUUCUAGGACGUCCUUCGGUGGAAGUGCGCAGUUUCAGCCCCCUGGAUCAGGAAUGGGAUGGCGAUGA